AUGCAAAUGUUGGGGUCAACAAUCUAGCGACGACGAGAAAUCCAGGGAUUUUUUUGAGAACAAGGCACCGAAAAUUGGUGAAAUUAGAGCGCCGUUUUCUUCCAAUUUGCCAAACAAACGGGCGAAAUGAUGGACUUUCUGGAAAGAGGAACAACUCAUUUAUAAAUUACAGUGGGAUUUGUGGAGUAUUUGUGCGUAAUUGUUGCAGAACACAAAUAUAAUCAUGGAUUGUGCGUGCUCUACCCUGGUGCUUUCGGUGUUUCUGUUCAUAUGCGGAUGUGGUCGCUUAGCCGCGUCUGCGGGCUGCUCUGGCCUCCGGAGGGCGCUCUUGACAGACCUGGAAGGAACGGUCACGGACGGAGUAGGGUUUUACGAAGAAAAUGUCCACUGCGAGUGGCUUAUAGAAGCUCCGGAUGCCAACAUGACCAUCACUUUGACAUUCAAGGAGUUUGAGACAGAGUGUACCUAUGACUUCCUGACGGUCUACGACGGCGACUCGUUCACAAGUACCGUCCUGGGCACAUUCAGCGGCAACUUGGUACCGGGGCCAGUGCAAGCCAAAAGUGGCAAAAUGUUGAUACACCUAUACAGUGAUACAAAUUACCCGUUAAACGGCACGACAGCGACGUACAAGAUACAGAACUGUUCCAAUGCCUGUUCAGGGCACGGCGUUUGUCAGAAUUAUCAGUGUGCGUGCGACUCGGGGUACAAAGGGAGUUCCUGCGAGUGGAGGACUUGCCCCUAUGAGUGCGGCCAGUCGAGCAGUCGCGGCAAUUGCGACUUCCUGUCACCGGUUCAGCGGUGUGCAUGUAGUCCAGGCUACGUGGGCGAGGGUUGCAGUCUGUCGACCAAUGACAACACAGGAUGGGGCGACACUGUACUGGUGUCUUCUGGGAUUGAUUCUGUCUUCAAGGCGCGGACUGGCCACACGGCGGAGUACCAUGAAGGCACGGAUAGUCUCUGGGUCUUUGGAGGUUAUGACCUGAAUGGUGUUCUAGAUGAUAUUGUCAGGUACAACUUCACGUCCAACCAAUGGGAGAGGGCAGUGCCUGCCAUGGCAACAAGGCCGACUGGCCGCUACGCACACUCCAUGGUCCUCUACUACGACGACCUCAUUGUCUUCGGCGGUAUCCUAGCCAACGGCUCACUUACCAAUGAGCUGUGGGCGUUUGACAUCACGACCCGCGUCUGGACCCUCCUUCCCGUGGGCAGUGACCUGGCUUCGAUGCCCCCGGGCCUGGCCGACCACAGCGGCACCAUAGUCAACUUCUCCCACCUUUAUGUCUUUGGAGGGAGAAGCCAAAGCACCAAUUUUGUGGACGGCAUCUUUAAGUACGACCUGAUCCUGAGGUCGCGCUGGGAUAUCAUCCGGCCCUUGGGAGGUCGCGAGGCUGACGUCAGGGUCAGAGGUCACAGCGCCGUGUACCACAUGGACUCCCAGUCGCUCAUUGUCUUCGGGGGUUUCCGACCGUCUUCAACAAGGUUCAGCGAACGGUCCAAUGAGAUCUACGCAUUCCACGUGGAUGAACGCUACUGGAUGAAGUGGUCGGUGGACAUGAGCGGCGCCCCCAUGGGGCGGGCCUUUCACAGUGCCAACAUUAUCGGCAACUAUAUGGUUAUUUACGGGGGUAACGUGCACAGGCACUACACUCGACCUGAGGACCACUACCCGCCCACCCAUGAGAGAUGCUACGAUGAACGCAUCGAGCUUUUCCACCUUGGCUGUCACAAAUGGACUGACUUUGAUACGCUGGCCCAAGGAUUCCAGUCUCCCGCUGAAACGGCACAUUUACACAGUGUCACAAGAGGGCGCUUUGGUCACGCUGCGGCGGUCCGCGACGGCAGCACGCUUUUAGUCGUCGGUGGGUAUAGCGGACAGGUGUUGCACGACCUGAUUGCAGUCAAGAUGCCUGGGACGGUGGCCGUCAAUUCCAAGUUGGGCGGCUCGAUCCUAGACCAAUGUGGAAUGCACUCCACGAAAGCUAUAUGCCUGAGUGAUCCCAAUUGUGGAUGGUGCGCGGCCAAUAGCAAUUGCCUCGGGCACUCGCAACAGAGUACGUGCCCUGAACCGCAGAACUUCCUCCAAGGCUCCUGCCCCAGCAUCUGCAACAGCCUAGUUUCCUGCGAAGCCUGCAUCAUCUGGGGGAAAGGGGUCACGCUGUCUGACCCCUCGGGGUCAAGGGUCAACGAGCAGUGCGGCUGGUGCGUCCAGGAGCAACAGUGUUACCCUAUUGGAGAGCCGGGUGGUGCGUGCGGGGACCAUUCGUCCAGCACCGACCCCACGGGGUGGUGGGGCCUGAACGGUACCUUCGUGACGGACUUUUCCCAGUGCCGGCUGCAGGAUAUGCCGCCGGGAAUGACUUGGAUCAAGUACCGUCACCCGCAGAACACUACACAGCCAGAUGAGGUGACGAUCGUCGAAAAGACAGACAGGAGUUUCAGUUUUUACUACGUCAGCAUUCAGGAGGAGAAGACAAACGGAGGGGAGUACAUCGCGGAGUACAAGGGCUUCCUGCGGCCGAACGGCGCGGUGCCGACCGGGGACGCGCAACUGCGCGUCUGGAUGGGCAGCUCCAACGCCAUCUCCUCGCUGCACCUCAGCACCGACGCAAAUCCGCAGAAUGCUGAGAGAGUGGCCUACUAUGCGUUAGAUGAUGAACAGUUAGUGGAAGCCGAACGCCCCAACAACGCGGCCGUCUUUCCAGUCAACUCGAAGACGGCGGCGUACUACGUCCUUCAGGAGGAGCGACAAGUUAUCAAGAUGAGCGCCGUGCAUUCCGUCAUGGAUCUGAAGUGGAACGGAAACCAUCCACUCGGGCUCGUGUCACAGACCUUCUCAAGGGAGUAUCUGCAACCCUACUAUUCCGGCGCCUGCGAUUCCUACGUCACCUGCUCCGGCUGCUUGACAGACGCGUCCUGUGGCUGGUGCCCGGCCAGCGAGACCUGCGAACUGCGCAGUAAGACCACUGCAGCGGAGGACCACUGCGGCACGGCUACCGGCGCCAUCAUGCACCACCUGAUCACGCAGUGGGACCAGUGUCUGGACUGUAAGCUGUACGUGGACUGCUUGUCGUGCACCGAGAAUCCUUUGUGCGAGUGGCUGAUUUCAGGAGAUGAUGUCAGGUGCACCAGGCGAGGGCGCUUUCUCACCAGCAUCAAGGACCCGAAUCAGUGCACUUUCAACUGCCAUGAAUACACUAACUGUUCGGACUGUUCCAAGCGCACAAAGGAGUGUGCAUGGUGUGAGGAGACCAAGACAUGUUUCACCUUUGGGACAUACGUAACAUCAUUCACCUACGGCCAGUGCCCAAACUGGUUUGAUUUAAACAAGGCCUGUCCGUCAUGCGCAGCUCACACGGACUGCAAGAGCUGCCUGGCAGAUUUCAAGUGUGGCUGGUGUGGUAACAGGGACAACCCAACAUUGGGAAAUUGUCAGGAGGGUAACUUUGGCGGCCCGGACUCGGCCCAGUCCUGUAGCGCCCUUGUGGCUGUGCAGUACAACAUCUCGGAGAGCGAGCCGGCCGAUUGGUCCUACCGGAUCUGCCCGGACGUGGAGGAGUGCAUGCUGGAAUUGGACGACUGCCACGCCAACGCCACCUGCGCCAACACGUUUGACGCGUACGAGUGCACCUGCAACCGGGGAUUCGAGGGGAACGGGAGGGACGAAUGCGUCAAAACGUGUUACCAUGAGUGCAUCCACGGCCGCUGCAGUGGGGCACCAGACUACACGUGCAUCUGCGACGUCGGGUGGAAUGGGGAAAACUGCAGCACGGACUGCGAGUGCAAUUUCCACAGCACCUGCGAAACUGGGAUUGGCAUCUGCGACGAAUGCCAACACUGGACCAUGGGCCAGUUCUGCGAGCUGUGCCGGCCCGGUAGCUACGGCAACGCCACUGACCAAUCCCAGGGCUGCCGGGAGUGCCAGUGCAACGGGCACGGCGACGCGACCCUGGGCAGCUGUCACAACGAAACGGGGAUCUGCUACUGCACCGAGAACACGAAGGGCGAUCACUGCGAGGACUGCGUGACGGGAUUCUAUCAUGACCCAAGAUUUGCCCAGCACUGCUCCCGCGAGUGCAGCGGCCGGAUGCUGCUGACCAACGUGGAAUCCGCUGCCUUGGGCUCGGGCCAGGGGGACGGAGUGACCCUCUCCGAGGCCUACUGCCUGUGGGUGCUGACCGCUGGCGACAACUUGACCCACACGGCGGCCAUGACUGACCCACCGACUAUCAGCUUGACCGUGGAAGGCAUUGAGGCGCUCUGUGGGAGAGAUUACAUGUACGUAUACGACGGAAUACCAUCCUAUUUGUCCUCGUCGCACCCUGAGCUGGCUGGGGCAGACCUGGGGGCCUUCUGUGGUCAAGAUCCUCUGGAACGUGUCACAGCCAUGGCCCACUCCGGCAUCAUGACCGUCGUCUACCAGGCCAACCACACCGGCAGCACGGACUCCCCAGGCUUCGUGGCCAGCUACAGCGUCAACCGCUGCCCUGGCGGUUGCCACGGCAACCGUGAGUGCAUUCUGGGAACCUGUCGCUGCAGCAGCGGCUACCGGGGACCGAACUGCGAGGAGGAGGCAUGUCCGGGUAACUGCAGUCAGGCGGACGGUCAAGGGAUCUGUGACGAGGCCAUGGGCGUGUGCAACUGCAGCGCAGGCUUUGGCGGCGAUGCCUGCCAGUACCCCACCUCCCCUCUGGCUGGGCUCAAGCAAGGCAUUUGGACCCUCCUGGCGGACGAGGCACGGCUGGAUCCUGACGCCAGUUCCACGGUCGGGGCCGUGCCCUGCGGCCGGAUGGGCCACACACUUGUGGCCAGCGAGGCCAAUGUGCUGUGGUUGUUUGGCGGCUACUCCCACACCCACGGGCACCUAAAUGAUGUCUGGAGCUAUGACCUCGCUACAAAGAAGUGGAAGCAACACUUUUCGGGCAGCUCUGCCCACCCAGCUCCCAGACGCUACCAUGCGGCGACAUUCUCCUCAUCCUACGUGAUGAUUUCUGGGGGAAUGAAUGAUACGACGGUUAUGCAGGACGUGUGGUACUUCCACACUGUCAGCGAGAACUGGUCCCAGAUUCCAGCCGUUUUUCCUGUAGCACUGGCAGGCCAUUCUUUUGUUGUGGUCAAGGAUGAAACCUUGGUGACAAUUGGCGGCUACUCGCCGACCAACGGUCUCCAAGACAAGGUGCUGGAAUUCAGCGUUGCCGACAAUGCGUGGCUGGCUGUUCAAACAACUGGACCCCCUCCCACUGGUCUGUUUGGCCACAGCACAGUCUGGCACUCCACCACCAAGGCCCUGUAUGUCUAUGGCGGUUACCUCUUUCACCUGGACAGCGUCUUUGUCUCGGACAGACUGUACUCUCUGGACUACAGAAACUCAGUCAGAAGAUGGAACCUGCUGCUUGCCGAGCCUGGGAACCAGCCGCUACCCCAUAUCUUCCACGCUGCUGUCACCACGUCCAAUUACAUGGUGGUCAUCGGGGGUGGGACCCCAACCCAGAACAUCUCCAACACGCUGAUGGCGUACCACUACGACUGCAACCAGUGGGUGGAUCUUAACGAUUUUGUAGUUGGAAGUCCCCCGUCACCAUCUGCGUCCCUGUCUGCUGCCAUCGUCACGGGCAACGCCAUCUACACGUUCGGCGGGAACGACGGGACCUCGCAGGGCGCCCUCUACCAGCUCAAUCUGCCGACGGACCUGUGCGCAUUGCAGACCACGACCGACGGGUGCCUGGGCAUGCCCAGCUGCGCGGCUUGUGUGGAGACUAACGACACCCAGAACCUGUUGUUCUGCAAGGCCAGCAUGGAUGUGUAUCAAGCGAGUUGUGACGGCAUCUACUCUUUGGAGCAAGGCAUUGCCUGCAACGACGCAAGGGUGGAAUACAGGAACUGCGGGGCUGCCAAAUCAUGCAGUGAGUGUGUCAUGACGCAGCCAGCACACUACACAGCUGAACAGACCUGCAAAUGGUGUUCCAACUGCCCCGACGGCGCGUGCAUAUCGCGCCAGCUGGACUGCAUGGAGGAACACAACUGCCAGGUGGACAAACAGAAGGAGAUCAGCGACGCCAACCAGUGCCCGGAGCUGGAGUGCGAGGCCAGCGACUGCGACAAAUGCGUUGCCGAAGACUGCAUCUGGACGCGCCAAUUCAAACGAGCCAGUGAGGUGCGACGCUUGCUCAACGCCAACCCAACCUACGACUGGAACUGCUUCAGGGAGUCACUCCUGCAGAUUGCGCCCGUUGACAUCCACAUUAGCUCCUCCCCCAACGAGCCAUGCCCCUCCCCUUGCUACACCCACAACUCGUGCACUGAUUGCCUGGGUUCCAAAGGGGCGGAGGGGGGCUGGCAAGAGUGCGUCUGGAGCGCCCGGCUUGGGCAGUGCUUGUCCCCGACCUACGUCCCCCUGGUCUGUUCCACCGGCGCCUGCGGUCCCCUGACCCACAGCGGCAGUCACAACUGCCCCCAGCCCUGCUACCUGAACACGCAGUGCGCUCACUGCCUGCAACAGCCGGGGUGCGGGUGGUGCGCGGUGGGCCAGGGGAACGGGACGGGCGUCUGCAUGGAGGGGGGUCUGUAUGAGCCCACGGGGGGCGUGUGCUCGGCUGAGGGAGUCGGCUUGAACAACUUCCCCGUAGAAGCAAUCGUCACUUUCAACCCUGACGACUUGAAAGAACCGCCUCUCUGGACAUUCAUGGCCUGCCCGCCGGAGAACGAAUGCCUGAAUGGCCACCAUGAUUGCAUGGAGAAUGAAGAAUGCAAUGACACGCUGACCUCCUACGAGUGCAAUUGCAAGCCUGGCUACCAGCAGGAGAGUGAGGGUUCUGCCUGCCUGCCGGUCUGCAACCCUACCUGCGAUCACGGCCUCUGCAUCCGCCCCGACGUCUGCCUGUGCGACUUUGGCUACGUGGGACCCGACUGUGCCGUCCCGUGCGAAUGCAACGGCCACAGCACCUGUCUGGGGCCAGAGCCGGGGAACGUGACCAACUGCCUGCAAUGCAUGAACAACACACAGGGUCCGAGCUGUGACAAGUGCCUUCCGUUCUUUGUGGGCGACCCCACAGAUGGCGGGAGGUGCAUGCCCUGCCUGGCCUAUUGUCAUGGCAACAGUGAAAUCUGCCUGUCUGAAGAAAACUUCAAUCGCUCCCGAGAUGAGGGUCUGUUGCUAGACCUUGUUAAUGUGCCUGUGGAGUUCCCCGUUGGUCCGGUAAGCGACGCUAUCUGCAUCAACUGUCGCAACUUCAGUGCUGGUCAGAUGUGUGAGACCUGCGUAGAUGGCUACUUCAAGGACCAAAACAACUGCCGAGCGUGUCAGUGUAACGGCCACUGGGAUCGCUGCGACAAGACAAACGGGGAAGACUGCCAGUGCAAGAACAAUACAGACACACCGUCUUGUCCAACGGAGAAGUACCCAGCCCCUUGCUGGCAACAUCAGUGCUCUAUCUGCGAAGAGCUGUUCAUUGGUCAACCCACAGACGGCCACCAGUGUUAUCGCCAGAUGCACGUAGAUCAGGACACCUGCUUUGAUCCAGAGACCCAAACAAAUUGCCCGUUAGACUCAGUCCCCCUCCUCUUCGGUCGCACCUCCUUCUUCGUCGUCCAGCCAAAAUUCACAAACCUGGACAUCCGGCUUACCAUCGACGUAACAGCCGGUGCAUUAGAUGUCUACAUCACCUACAGCUACGAGUUCUUCCGCGUGGUCAGCAACCAGACCACAGGUGCGCAGAGCAUCGUGCUGGACGAUGCCAACUUGUAUGAGGAGGUGUACCGCGACAGACGGCGCGUGGACUGGCAACGGGAACGGCGGAACGUGCCACAGGAGCUGGAUGCCUCGGCAGGAGAACAGGCUGUGACGUCCUCAGUGGAACUUCCAGUCUUCAACAAUCUCUUCGAGUAUGAGGCAAGCGACACCAUCAACACCUUCGUCACCAUCGCGGAUCCCUUCUUUGUGGCCAUCGUCCGUAGCUUACGGAACCGUUUAGUGGUAACCUUACCCCAGGACAUCCACAGUCUGAAGACACACAAGUUCUACAUCACCUUGCUGAGCCGUGCCGUCCCGGCCGGUUCAAGGACGUCGUCCACGUUGGCUAGUGCCACCAGCGGCAUCAUGUACUUCCGGCAGGACCAGCCCCACAUCGACCUCUUCGUCUUCUUCUCUGUCUUCCUCUCUUGCUUCUUUCUCUUCCUGGCCAUCCUGGUGGUGGCCUGGAAGAUUAAAGUCGGUCUUGAAGCGCGCAACGAUCGGCAGCGCAGGGCAAUGGAGUUAGAACACCGUGCAAGCCGUCCCAUUGGCCACGCCCUUCUCUACAUUGAGGGGCUUCCCAUGGGUUCCUGGGUGGUCGCGCCUGCUUCGGCCGCAACUGCACCGUCAUCUCGGAGACACAGCAGGUUGAAGAAAGCUGGCGCCGACGGUCCCCCGGGGUCACGACCCACAUCCCCCGCCAAAACUUUUGGCCAUGGACUGAUCGCCUGCGAACCCACGGAAGACGACAUGGCAGCUGUUGGGACAACCAUCAUCUCGCUGCCUGGCGACUCGGCAGCACCAGUCCAAGCCUGCCUUGGCUCCGCCCUGGUCCUCAUGAAGUCCUCCAACCGCAACCCGGACCCGCCUGCUUCCCAGCUCCGCCCAGUCCGAUUCUCCAGUGGCGGCAAGGCUGGGAUGUGUCGCGAGAUGCGCAUGUGAUCGCUCACUCGCGAUUGACUUGGGCGACACCCAAUAUUUUUCAUCGAUUCCGGUUCCGUCCAGGAUUUGUGAUUCAGGGAAUCGAACAUCUGAAAGCGAAAAAUAACAGGCACCAUUAUUCCGUUUCGAAGUUUAGAAUCGAUUGUAUUUGAAUCCAACAUUGAGUCGCCCAAGCCUAGCUCAGGAUCCGUCGAACAUUUUCGUGUGCUGCUGUCUCACAAUUUCCAUUGAAGCACAGCUUUGAUAACUUCAAACCUGUAUUAUACAUAUAUAUAAAUAUAUAUAAACAGAGCUAUUUUUUAUAAAUUAAUGAGCAGAUUUUUUUUUCUGAGGAUGCACAUCUUAUUCUUUUUUGGCUCUGAAUUUUCGUGGAACUUUUUGCUUUUUGCUUUUUGAAGGAUUGAGGUUGAUUGAGUACUGUGGUGCGAAGGUUAGGCUAGGAGUAUUCUCAAUAUAAACUGUCCCGGAUAAGUUGGGGAAACAUUGAUCAGCAAUAGGCGCAUUGUACCCGGUGUUAGUUCUAGGAUGCUGAACAACUUCUCAGAAUCUAAGAUGAAGUUAUUGGUAAGGGAAUAAAUAUGUGCUUGGCUGGUUUUAAACAAGUACGUUUAAAACCGGCUGGAGGCCUGGUUGCUGGUAAUGGCCCGAGCCGAAAGUGAGCACAUAUUUAUUCCAGUGCAACAAUAUAUUUCACUUAAAAAGUCAAAACAUGUCACAAAUUCACAGAUUUCCAACAAUUGUGUUCAACAGUUCACUUCGUGUUUUGCGGAACACCCCUCUGGCCAUGUCUUAAGAUAUGUGCCUCACGUGCGUACUGCUAAAAAUCUCCUUAUAUGGUAAUCAGUGCCCAUACAGCACGUAAUGCACGAUGUGGCACAGAAAGAAUUGUGUUUAAAACCAGCUGGUGUUUUAUCAGCGGUUUAACACCACCCACAUGGCGGGCUCUCGACCAAUAGGAAUGGGUAAAUUGUCUUAGGUACCGGGUUUUUAUGAAUAUUGUUUACAAAAUAAUUACCUCAUCACGGGGAAAAGGUUGUUCAGAAUUCUGCAACAAAUACUUUGUAAACUUUCCUGCAACUUAUUCCAGAGAUGACUCCUUGAUUUCUUUGUUGUGGUUGGCAACGGCCUCGUUGUGUACGGACGUGUUGAGAUACGUGUAGCUAUUCAGGAACUGUAUUCUUGUAUUGAUGUAUUUGGUGUAUGAUUCGUUAAUGUCGCAUAGGACGUUAGCUAAGCGAUCGGCGAGUUGUAAAUUGAUGUAAUUUGUCAAGGAUUUACUUGGAUCGGGCUAUUUUGUUUCAAUAUCAUCAGAUCGUGGGGGAAUGUGGCCUAGUGGUCAGGGGUUAGAAUCCAGCUGCUGGUCUUUAUGUUGUGUCCUUGGGCAAGCCAUUUCACCCCACUUGCCUCUCUCCACCCAGGAGUAUAAAUGGGUACCAGCAUUAGCUGGGGAGUAACCUGCGAUGGACUAGCAUCCCAUCCAGGGGGAAUAGAAAUAUUCUCAGUCAUUUCUUGCUUCUGAAACCGGAGAUAAAUACUGGCCUGAUGGGCCACAUUGGCUCAUAACAGACUUUACUUACUUCCACAGAUCACUGUAUGACAUCUGAACGCUAAUUGACACAUACGUGACUUUGUCCAAAGACAAUGUCAUGUGUUUUUAUUACACACACAAAUAAAACAGUGGUAAGUUGCAUGAUUUUAUAAAUGUGCGUUUUUAUAAAAGCGCACAUAGUCUGUGACAAAGUCAUGUAUGUGUUUUGACCUUCACAAAACACAAUGGAUUUUUUUCUUUCUUUUUUCACAUGCAAAGGUCAAGUUUUAAUCAAUGAAUGUCAUGUCAUCAGCAGUAAAGUUUAAAUUACAUCAUGUCAGUUGAAUCUUUCAAAAAUUACAUGGUGUCUGGCCUGCAUGUGCAUGCUUGUAACAUUGAAACAACAUCAGACACCAGACAUCUUGUUUUUAUGGCACUCUCUAUGUGGAAUUAUGAUAGUAACAAACAUGAAAAAGGCUGAAAUUGUCUGAGUUUUUAUCAUCAGUAUUCGUACAUGAUUUACGUUCUUUAGGUGUUGAUUUUGUUUUUCCAAAUUUUUGUUGACCUCAACAUCCGUUUGAAUUUGAAAAUACUAAACCAUUCCUCUUAUAAAAAUAUUACAAAACUGAAAAGCUGCAAUGUAAUUUUGUUCCUUUAAAUGAAGCCAAGUUUUACAUCAAAUAGAUAAGUCUUGAGAUUAAGUCAUCCCAACUAGCUUGUUGUUCUUUCUUUUUCCUUGAGAAGUAAAUGUGUUAUUUGAUAAUUUUUUAUUAACAAAAAUGGGAAGAAAAAAAUCAGUAUUUAGUUUUUUUGUCCGACCAUCUUCCUAAAUGUCCAAAUGAUGUUUUGUGAUUGUUUGAUGCACACGUUGUAUUUUCAGGUGGAAAUCAUUAACCAUUGGCACCUGUAUUGCAUUGUAUUACAUUGUAUUACAUUGUAAUACAUUGUAUUACAUUGUAAUACAUUGUAUUACAUUGUAAUACAUUGUAUUAUAAUGUAUCACAUUGUAUUGAAUCCCUGAUUGAAGCCAUUAACCACACUGCUUUUGGCAGUAUACCGAGAAACAGGCAGGGUGGUUUGGGGCUGUUCAGGUACUACUGAGUUGAUCAGAAACAGAUUUGGAGUUAUAAAAAAAAUUUAAAAAUGAAAAUAAAAAAACAUUUUGAGCUUCUCUGAAGAUCAGAAGAGGUAUUUUUAGCAUUUUUUUUUUAAGGGGAAUCUGGGAAACUUUUGUACAGGUUUGUUUAAAAAAGGAUAUUUGUCAGGUUUUUUGAUAUGCAAGAAAAUUCUUUCAAUGCAAGUUUGAAAAAAACAAACCUAAUCUUGUUUUUUCCCCAAAUAUUUUGUUAUAUAUUGUUCAUUCCCUUUUAAUGAAUUGCGGUACGAAUUUGAAGCUUUGUACAUGAAGAUGUGAAACUUAUGGAUUGUUUUAGAAAGUUUUUAAAACCACUCCUGUGCAUAAGGGUUUUGCACCUCAAGCUGAAAAUCAAGCUCUGGCUUCUGGCUAGCAACCCAAGUGAGAAACGUGCCCAAGUUGGAAUGUGCCAACCUUUGCAAGCACAUCAACAGAAGUUUACCCAUUUUCAAAGUGAAGAAAAUCACUUUGCAUGCACUUUCAAUCAUGUACAUUGUAAAAAGACUUCAGUGACAAUUCAUGAAGAGAAAUAAGAUUUAAGACUACAAUGCAAAGCACGUGUAUUAUCCCCCGUAAUUUUAGGUGUGUAUAAAUUCUCUUGUUUAUGCCAGCAACCAGAUGUGUGUAAAUUUUAUUUUACUGGACUAUUAUAACUCGCCCUUUUUGUACAUAACUCGUAAAUUCAACCUCCGAACAUUUUAUAAGGAUUUUUUUUAAGGAAGAAGGGGGUCAGUGUUUGUAAACUGUGAAGAAAUCGUGUAUUUCAUCAUGUGUGUACAUGUAUUAGUAAACAAAUAAUAUUGUGUUUGUCGUGAAUAACGGAAUUGUUGUGUUUUUUUAGGUAAAUUUUCACUUGGUGAAGAAAAGUUGCAUUUGUUUGUAAGCUGGGAGAUAGACUGUGCCCCCUCCGAUUGUACUUCUUAGCCCCGCCCAUGGUAUAGCAUUACAUAUGCUUGCUGUAGAUUUUCUUCAACCUAGAUUUCUAUAAAACCUAUUUGCAUUCGACGCCAUGUUUUGAGGUUUUUUCAAUUUUUGCGGAUUUUUGCGGAUUUAAAAAAAAAAUUGAUAAAGGUCUACUCGUGUGUAUCCUUUUGGCAGUGUUGUAUUCGAGUCCAUCACAAGUCCUUUCAUAAAGCCAGUCGCAAGUAAAGUGGUUGAACCAUGACAAAGGAAUGCUUUUGUAACAGCUCAUUUGAAUGGCUAGCCUCUUGACUUGAGACUGGAAGACGUGUGAUGGACUUGUGAUGGACUUGCAGGGACUCGAAUACAACACUGCUUUUUGGCACCUCAAAUAUGGUUGCAAUGCUAAUAAGGACCUUUUAGAAGAAAUUUUGAAAAUUCAAUGAGAAGUUGAACAGGGAAAUUGACUGGAGUGGAAUAACGAACCAGUGGUCAUUGGAAUACCGUACGGUGCUCUACAAACUGAGCUGUCUAUCCCUAUGUUGGCAGUCGCCCAAAUUGUCAGUGUCUUUGUGCAUGGUUGCUAUUAACUUUGUAACAUUGGCUACAUGGUAUUUUCAAGUUAAUGUUUCGGGUCACCUUUGCAUCUGUAACACACAAACUAUCCCCUGGCAUAGCAAGGGUCUAAGAUAUGCGAGCAGAUAGAGCAAAAUUAAUUAUGCAAAACAAGAAGCGUCUUGACCUCGAGAUUCUGACCAUUCGGCGGGAGUGAUAUUACAAAAACAUGGCAGCCAAAUUGGCCAGUCAACAGUUUAUAGUCCACAUUUCUGAUCAAAAUGAUGUCACUAUUUCUAAAGUCAAUUCUGAUUGGUUGGCUUGUGGGGUCACAUAAAGUUUGCAUGCAUACACAUAUCAGAUGUUGGUUAGGCAGAUCUAAGGCUCUGUGGAACAACGGAUGAUACUCGGACUAGGCCAUAUUGUUGGACCGCUAAAAUUCCAAUUUUGUGAAAUAAUUUUUCUAUAACUAUCGUAUUUUCUAUUCCUCCAAAUUUCUCUAAUUUCUUUCAUUUGAUGCCUCAUUCAGAAUUAAUUGCAAUAUCUUAAGGAAAAAAACAAAUAAAUCUGUCAUGGAGGUGAUAUUUGAAAAUAGCUUGAGAGAGCAAUGUUAACAAAUUGGCAGAUUGCCAACAUAGGGCUUGGUAGUUCAUUUGGUAGAACACCCAGAACAGUGUUCCAAAGGUCGCUGGCUCAAAUCCCGCCUCAUUCAGGUUCGUUGAUCCAUUUCAAAUUGUACCUAGUCAGUUUCCCCUAGUGGUUAAUACUACAUGAUGUGAUGACAUUUUGAUAGCACUAUUUUUGUACAGCCCAUGUGCUAUUUUGUAUGAGAUACAUGUACAUGUACAGGUAGAUGUUGAUUUAAACAUAGAUGCAGAACAACCAACCACGCAAUGUUUAUACACAAACUCUGAAACAUAAGCAUUCAACUCACAUUGUUUGUGUACUGAGGGAAUGUCCAAACAAUAAAAACUGUUACAAUCUUUGUGGGAAUUUCCUGCUCAUUACGUGCGAAACAUUUUUGGUUUCUGUUUUUCGUUGGUACAUUGUAUUACAUUUCAGUGACUGUAUAUUUAUGUACAUUGCACUGUGCAUGUCAACUAUAGAUUUGCAAUAAAACACAAUGUAACAUAAAACUUAA